AAACAGGAUAGGAUCAUGUCAGGUGGGAGCUUACCUCGGCACCAAACUACAAACUCUUCUCCAGAGAGUUUGGCAAGUGACAGAUCCAAGGAUGAACCUUUAAAAUUUGACAGUAAAGAUCAAAGCUUACCUCGGCACCAAUCUACGAACUCUUCUUCAGUGAGUUUGAAAAGUGACCGAUCCAAGGAUGAACCUUUAAAAUUUGACAGUGUAGGUCAAAGCUUACCUCGGCACCAAUCUACGAACUCUUCUCCAGUGAGUUUGAAAAGUGACCGAUCCAAGGAUGAACCUUUAAAAUUUGACAGUGUAGGUCAAAGUGUUUCUAAUCACAUCCAAUCUGAAACAUCUGGACCAGCUGACACAGGAGGAGAUAAAAAAAAAAAAAAUGACCUGAAGGAAGUAAUUCUCAAGGAGGUGGGAAGACAUAAAAUUGACCCAAAACUCUCUGAGAUAGUGACGGUUGAAAGUGGGAAAAAGGAGUUAAUCACUCUCAAAGAUUUAUUUCCUGGAGCAUCUCUGUUUUCCAAAAAUGUGCGAACUGUACUGAUGAAAGGAGUCCCUGGGGUUGGUAAAACCUUCCAAACAAAAAUGUUCAUGAUCGACUGGGCAAAAGGAAAAUCCAGCCAACACAUAAAGGCUUUAGUGACCCUUGACUUCAAAGAGUUGAAUAAAAAGAAGGAUGAAGUAAAAAGCAUGGAAUCUCUGCUGGAUGAUUUCUUCCACAAAAAAAACGUUAACGUUUCAAAAGAUGACAAGAAAAAGAUAUGUUUUAUUCUUGAUGGACUGGAAAAAUGUGAACUUCCUCUUGACUUUGUAAACAACAAAGAAGUCAAAGACUUGAAGGAAGCAGCAUCAAUGGAUGUGCUGCUAACGAAUCUGAUGAAAGAAAAUCUGCUUCCUGAAGCUCAUAUUUGGAUCAUUUCUCAACCAAAAGGAGUUGAGAAGAUUCCUUCUAAAUAUAUCAACAAAACUGUUCAAUGUCAAGAAACCUCUGAGCAACAGAAGAAGUUAGAAUCAUGUAUGAAAAAUAAAUUUCUGAAAGAAAUCACUGACGAAAAAGAUGAAAUCAGUCAUCCAAACCAGAAAACAACGGAACAUAUCAUCAGAAGAGAAAAUGGCUCUGAAGAAGGGAGAAGUAAACAGGACAACUUUAGAAAAGUGAAUCAACCUUCUGAGAUCUUCAAAGAUGUGAAUGAGGAGAAAACUAGAACAGUGCUGACCAUUGGAGAAGCUGGUAUAGGAAAAUCUUUUCACAUAAAAAUUUUUAUAAAAGAAUGGGCUAAAAAGGAUAAAGAUACCUGGUCAUUUUUCACCUGGAUCAGAAGACCAUUUUCUAGCCAGGCAAAACCUGCAGAACUUUUGUUUCCACUUGACUUCUCAAAACUCAACUUGAUAAAAAAUAAAAAUAUGAGUUUGGUUGAUCUUCUUAAUCACUUCUUUGAGGAAACCAAAAAUAUCAUCAUCUCUGACUAUUCCCAGUUAAAUAUUGUAUUUAUUUUGGAUGGACUCAAUGCAUAUCAAGAUUGUUUAGACUUUGAAAACAGUAAAACUUUGACUGAUGUCAGAGAACCAACCUCAGUCGACAUGUUACUAACAAACCUUAUCAGAGGAAACCUGCUGCCAGAGGCCCACAUCUGGAUAACCUCUCAGCCUCCAGCUGCUGAGAAAAUCCCUGAUGGCUUUAUUGACAGACUGACGGAAAUACGAGAGAGGCCUGAUAUCAGAAGUCAAAGAAAACUCAAAAGUCAAUUAAAAGAUCAAUUCACCAGUGUGUCUGAAGGGAUUGAUGGACAGAAGACCUCAGCUCUUCUCAACGAGGUCUUCACUGACCUCUACAUCACAGAAGGAGAGCGUGCUCAGAAUGAAGCCAUGCAGGUUCAGGAUGCAAAGUUUAAAACGACAGAUGAAGAAACAUCUAUUAAAUACUGCAACAUCUUUAAACCUGCAAAUAAUAAUCAAAACAUUAAGACUGUUCUUACCGUUGGAGUGGCAGGCAUAGGAAAAACAUUUGCCUCAAUGAAAUACAUACUUGACUGGGCAGAGAGCAAAGCAACAGAAAACAUUUUUUUCAUUUUUCCACUUCCUUUCCGAGAGUUAAAUCUGAGAGCAGAUAAAGAUCACAGUUUACAAGAUCUGAUUCAUCAGUUCUUCCCAGCAUUGAGGACAUCUGAAAUAACUGACUAUGACAAAUACAACAUUCUGAUUGUUCUGGAUGGUUUUGAUGAAUGUCGUCUUAAUCUUAAGUUCAGUGAAACAAAUAAAUGGAGUGAUGUCACAACACCAACCUCAAUAAAUGGUCUACUGUCAAAUCUCAUCCUGGGAAAUUUGCUCCCUGAAGCUCAAAUCUGGAUCACCUCCCGACCUGCAGCAUCCAACAACAUUCCUCCAGAAAACGUUGAUCGAAUGACAGAAGUGAGAGGAUUUAAUGAUGAGCAAAAGGAAAAGUAUUUCAUGAAGCGAUUCAGUGAUGAAAAAGUGGCAGAAAAAUUUUUCUCAUAUGUGAAGAAAUCAAGAACUCUUUACAUAAUGUGUCACAUCCCUAUUUUCUGUUUCAUCACAUCAAAGGUUUUGGAGGAUUUUGUUGAAAGAAAUCAAGAUGAUAAACUGCCACAAACUCUGACUGACAUGUACACACAUUUCCUUUUGCUCCAGCGCAGACAGACAAAAGUAAAAUAUAAUACAGAUCAAUCAACCUCUGAAACCUCUGGAACGGAGACAUUCUGUGAUAAAACUAAUGAUGAAACAAUCCUAUCUUUGGGAAAACUUGCUUUCAAAGGCCUAGAGGAGAAAAACCUUCUCUUUAGUGAAGAAGACUUGACCGGUUGUGGGACUGAUGUAACCAAAGCUGCUGUUUUCUCUGGGUUGUUCACUCAAGUCAAAAGAGAAAAUCACGAGCUAUACAAUCAGAAUAUGUUUAGCUUUGUCCAUAAAAGCAUUCAAGAGUACAUGGCAGCUCUCCAUGUCUUCUACUCAUUUAAUAACAAAGGAGAAAAUGUGUUCGUAGAAUCCAGCUCAGCAGCCUCAGAGUUUUAUAAGAAAGCAGUGGACAAGGCUUUUGAGAAUGAACAUGGGGACUGGGACAUGUUCCUUCGGUUCCUAGUGGGUCUCUCUCUGGAAUCUAAUCAGAAUCUACUUCAGGAUCUGAUUGAUAAGACUGAAAAACACAAAGACAUUAAUAAGGAAGCAGCAGAGUACAUCAAAAAGAAGAUCAGAGAGAACAACAGUGACACAGAGAAAAACCUUAAUCUUUUCUACUGUCUUAAUGAGCUGAAUGACGACACGCUUGUUCAAGAAAUCAAAAAUUAUCUUAAAUCAGAAGAAAAACCUUUUGAAACUUUCACUGCGUCUCAGUGGUCAGGUUUAACCUUUGUGCUGCUGACAUCAGAUGAAAACCUUGAAGUGUUUGAUCUUAAGAAAUACCUGAAAUCAGAGAAAGUCCUUCUGGGAUUGAUGCCAGUGGUCAAAGUCUCAAACACUACUUUACUGAGUUGGUGUGAGCUCUCUGAAGAAUCUUGCAAUUGUCUGACAUCAUCAGUGCUAAGCAAACCAUCUUCUAAUCUCACAUUGUUGGACCUGAGUCAUAAUGAUUUGCUGGAUGCUGGAGUGAAGCGACUUGCUGAUGGGUUGAAACAUGUGAACUGUAAACUAGAGACUCUCAAGCUGGCAGGAUGUCAGGUGACAGAGAAAGGCUGCAUUUCUCUGGCUGAAGCUAUUGAGUCCCAUAAAAACUCCUCUCUUAAACACUUGGACCUGAGUUACAAUCAUCCUGGAGACAAUGGGAUGAGGGCUCUCAAUGCAAUAGUUGAGGAUCCAAACAAGAGACUUGAGACAGUGAACUUUGACUAUGAAGGAAAACAUCGACUAAAACCUGGUUGGAGUAAAUAUGGUGCAGAUCUUAUGUUUGAUAAGAACUCAGCAAGCAGACGACUUGUUCUGGCUGAAAACAACAAAACAGCGAAAACUGAUAAUGAUGUCAAGAAGCUGGAAAUGCGAAAUACAAGUGAUGAAAGGUUCAAGAGGACCCAGGUAUUUUGUGAUGAAGGCCUGAAACACCUUUGUUACUGGGAAGUGGAAUGGGAAGGUGUGGUGGGAAUUGCUGUGGCAUAUAAAGAUGUGGGUAGAAACUGGAACCGUGAUGGUGGUCUGGGUUGCAAUGACAAGUCCUGGAGUCUGCUCUGCUCCAAGACUGGAUACAAAGCCAUGCAUAAAAACACAAAAGAAGAAAUCAAAAUCUCUACAUGCAACAAAGUAGGUGUGUUUCUUGACUGGGAAGGAGGAACUCUAAGUUACUACAAUACAUCAUUAGAGAAGCGGAGCUUAAUUCAUACUUUCAAAUCAAAAUUCACAGCAGAGCUAUUUCCAGCCUUCUGGUUUGAGAAAGGUUCUGUGACUUUGUGCGACCUGUAGAUUUAUGAGUGCACAAGUUAGAAAGACUGUAAGCACUUAGAGGGGUGUGAAAAGCUGUUUUCCCCUUUCCUGAUUUCAUUUUUUUGCAUAUUUGUUACACUACAAGGUUUCAGAACAUUAAAAAAAUACAUAUAAGUCAAAGACAACACAAUUAGAUGCAAAAUGGAGUUUUAAAUGCAUGUUUAUUAUUUGGACCCGGUGAGGUCAUCUUUUUGCAAUAUAUUUGUAAUGAAAAGUUUUCAUCACUUCAUAUUCAAGGUAUUCCUCAAAAUACAUGUUAUUGAUAUCAUGCAAUUCAAAUUUUUAAUUUAAUUCUUUUUAUUCUUUUACGCAUUUUAAGAAAUAUCAUGUUUUAUGUUUUAUCCGCCUAUGUAUUUUAUAUUUCAAA